CUGCGGAAGCGGAGCUGUACCUGCCGUGGGCUGUGCGUUUCUCUCCGCGCCCGGGUCGCCGCCUCCAGCCCCGCUUUCACCGCCGUCCGGCGGCCGUCCCCGACCCUGGCUGGCAACCGGGCCCCGUCCGCCCGCCUCCGGCGCCCGGCCGCGUCCUGGGAAUCCCGGGCGCCGGGCGGCGGCGUCCGGCUGCUGCAGGCAGCGGACACAGAGUACACGGCGGACUCGGUGGAGUGGUGCCCGCUGGAGGGCUGCAGGCGCUUGCUGGCCUGCGGCACCUACCAGCUGCGGGAGCUGGCCCUCACGCACAGCAAGAAUGCCCCAGAGGCUGAGGAGCCGCAGGUCCGCGUAGGCCGUCUCUACCUGUACAGUCUGAGUGAGGACAGCAGUGCCUGCCCCCUGGUUGAGAUCCAGAGAAGAGAUACUCCUGCCAUCCUGGACAUGAAAUGGUGCCAUAUCCCGGUGGCCGGCCAUGCCCUCCUGGGUGUGGCGCAUGCUGGCGGGUCCAUAGAGCUGCUGCGCUUGGUGGGGUCCAAGAACACGUACACGCUGCAGCCGUUUUCCAGCUUUGCUUUGGAGAAGCAGUGUCUGGCCUUGUCUCUGGACUGGUCCACGGGGAAAGCUGGCAGGGCCAGUGACCAGCCCCUCAAAGUCAUCAGCAGUGACUCCAGGGGGCAACUCCACCUCUUGAAAGUGACCGAGGCAGGGCCUGGACUACAGGGUGUGGCCACGUGGCAGGCCCAUCACUUCGAGGCCUGGAUCGCUGCUUUCAACUACUGGCAGACGGAUAUCGUGUACUCAGGUGGGGACGAUGGCCUUUUGAAAGGCUGGGACACCAGGACACCUGACACAUCCAUAUUCAGCAGCAAGAGACACUCCAUGGGCGUGUGCAGCAUCCAGAGCAGCCCCCACCAGGAGAACCUCUUGGCCACAGGAAGCUAUGACGAGCACGUCCUGCUGUGGGACAUUCGGAACAUGCGGCAGCCCUUUGCAGACACAGCCGUGCAGGGCGGCGUGUGGAGGCUCAGGUGGCACCCUUUCCACCGCCACCUGCUCCUGGCAGCGUGCAUGCACGGAGGCUUCAGGAUCUUCAACUGCCAGAAAGCAAUAGAGAAGCAGGAAGCAUGCACAGUCUCUGCGUCCUACACGUUGCCAGACUCAUUGGUGUAUGGAGCUGAUUGGUCCUGGCUCAACUUCCACCUUCUGUCGCAGACCCAGCAGUCAUUCCUCUUGGGGUCCUCUGCCUAUAGCGACCCUGGGGCCAGGACAGCAGAUGUCCAUAACCGGAAGGCUGUAGGCCAGUCACUAGGACCUCCAUCUUUUGAUCGCUUAGCAGACCAUGAUGGAGACAGUCGGGCCAAGCCUCAGAGUAGAGGUAAGGGGUGGACUUCUGUGCAUCCACUGAAAGAGGACACGAAAAGUGGCAGCCGGCUACACACCCCAAGGACCAAAAUCUGUGACAGUGACUCGUGUCUGGAAACAGCCCACUUGGACAUCAGCCUCCUAGCCACUUGCUCUUUCUACAACCAUGUUCUUCACCUCUGGAAGUGGGACAACAGCUGAGCUAAGGGGGAGGGUACUUGCUGUGAAAUCAUGAAGACCGGCUGUGCAUGGACUGUCCUGAGACCAUCUCAGGAGAUUCUUACCAGUCUGUGCAGGUUAUGGUGUAGGGCCCAGUGCAUCUUAUGGAGCGUACUGUGUAAACAAGAAAGCUGUUGGCUUCUUAAAUAAACCUUACCUGCUGGGCCCUUCCCGAUGGUGAUUCUGUCAGGGAGCAGGGGGACGCCAGUGCAAGGGGCCUGUCCAGCUCUCAAACGUUUCCCUUUCUCAUGUGGAUUUGACUUUCUGUUCUCCCUUAUUUAAGCAGUUAUUUAUAUUAACAAAGCGGUUUUUUUUAUAAAUGCUACUUUGUAACACCA